CGGGUCAAAACACGAAAUGGGAUAAGGUGGUCCGUCGCGAGAUAUGCCAGGUGACGAUGCAGGGCGCGCAGGUGUGCGGUCUGCAGGACAACGGCCCUGCCGACCCCACUGCCGCGUACAUGAUGGCGAUAGCUGAAGAGGAAAGCAACGGCUGCAGUACUUACGGCAUAUGCUUCGUGGACACGUCAAUAGGUUUGUUCCACUUGGGGCAGUUCCAAGAUGACAAGCAUUCGUCGCGACUGCUCACUACACUGGCGCAUUAUCCACCGGCAUUGCUAAUAUACGACCGUAAAACAACAACAGCUCGUACAACUAAAUUGCUGAGUACCCACUGCCACAGUGCAAGACGAGAGCCUCAAGCCAUGUGGACCCCUGAAAAGACCCUCAAGACGUUAGCGGAAAAGUAUUAUAGGACCAACGCUGAUGGAGAGUGGCCCGACGGUAUUAAGCCAUUCCUGCACGAAGGCGAUGCUUUAGGCCUAACGCCAGCUGCGAACUGCUACCUAGCCAUCAAAGCAUUAGGAGGCUGCGUUUCCUGCCUAACAGACUGCCUUCUCGACAUACAAGUAUUAGGCAUGAACCAAUUUACCUCCUACGCACCUCCCGACGUGCUAAACGAGACCUUAUCGCAAGAGCUGAAGGAUGAAAAUCGCUGGGAAGGCGGCAGCACGAUGGUCUUAGAUGCUAUUACGUUGAGGAACUUAAGAAUUGUUCAGGAUGAAGGAUGCCUGUACGAAAGGUUGAAUUUCUGUUCAACUCAUAUGGGAAAGAGGUUACUUUACCAAUGGGUUUGCGCACCAAGUUGCAAUCUGUCGGUGAUCAAAGAGAGACAGGAAGCAGUGAAGGAGCUAUUUGAAAACCAGGAGAUCUGCCAAGACGCUAAGAGCAUACUAACUACACUACCCGAUUUGGAAAGGCUAUUGGCCAAGGUCCACGCAUUAGGUAACCUCAAGCGAUCGAAACAGCAUCCUGACGCGAGAGCAAUCUUCUACGAAGAGAAAACUUAUUCUAAACGGAAAGUUUUAGACUUUAUAUCUGUUUUAAACGGGUUCACCGCGGCUUUGAAACUUGUUGAGUUGUUUAACGGUACUGAUGCUAAACUCUUGAAGCGGAUCAUGCAGUUCCAGCCCGAUGGGAAGUAUCCCGAUUAUAGAGAUACUUUGAAGUUUUUUAAGGAAGCUUUCAAUCAAACACAAGCUGAAAAGGAAGGUCGUAUAUUACCGGGCGAGGGUGUUGAUCAAGAGUACGAUAAUACCAUCCAACUUAUUAAGGAAAUCGAAGAGGAAUUGAAAGAAUACCUCAGCGAACAAGAAAAGUAUUUUAAAUGUCGGUUAUCUUACGUGGGCAGCGACAAAAAACGGUAUCAAAUAGAGAUACCACAAAGCGCUGCUGCGAAAGCUGGCUCCAAAUACACUAUGGAAGGCGCUAGGAAAGGAUAUAAACGAUUCUCCACCCAUGAAACAAAGGAGUUGCUAGCACGCAUGAUAGCUGCUGAAGAGCAAAAGACGAACGUCUUAAAAGACUUGAGUCGUCGAAUAUUCGAGAAGUUCUCCUCACACUACAACCAAUGGGAGACCGCUGUACAAUGCUUAUCGACGUUGGAUAUCUUGCUGGCAUUCACUGAGUUCGCGAGGCAGCAGAGCGAUGGAGUUUGCUUACCGGAGAUCACGUAUAAUGAAGAUCAAAAGCCUUACAUAAACAUAACAGAGGGUCGUCACCCGUGCAUAGCAAACGUAACAGACUUUAUUCCUAACGAUACGCGGUUGGGUAUGGACGGGACCAGCCUCUUACUACUGACUGGUCCCAACAUGGGCGGCAAGUCCACGCUCAUGCGGCAAGCUGGACUCAUCACUGUGUUGGCACAUUUGGGUAGCUACGUACCAGCAGAGCAGUGUUCCCUAAGCCUAGUGGACCGUAUCUUCACGCGGCUCGGCGCCUCAGAUGACAUCUUCUCCGGACAGUCCACAUUCCUCGUGGAAAUGAACGAGACAGCAGCUAUCAUUAGACAUGCGACUUUACAAUCUCUUGUACUGCUUGAUGAGUUGGGUCGCGGCACGUCCACGUACGACGGCACGGCCAUAGCGUCGGGCGUGUGCGCGGCGCUGGCGGACCGCGCCUGUCGCGUCAUAUUCUCCACGCACUACCACUCACUCGUACACCAUCUGUCUGCACAUCCGGGGAUCAUGUUGGGACAUAUGGCGUGCAUGGUAGAAACAGACGAAUCGACACCGGACAGUGAAGACCAGAUCCCUGAAGAAACGAUAACAUUCCUUUACAAGUUGUCCCCCGGCGCUUGUCCCAAGUCCUACGGUUUUAACGCCGCACGCCUCGCUGGCAUACCUAAGGAAAUAACUCUAAGAGCACACAAAAUAUCCAAAAACUUGGAGAAAGAGGCCACGUGUGUGCGGGCCUUUAGGGAUAUCUUGAAAUUUGAAAAGACAAGCGAUGUCCGCUCUAUGUUGGCAGCCUUGAGUAUUUAAUGUUACCAGCUUUAUUUCAGUGUUGUCAGCACUGAAUGAGUAUUGACAGUUAUCGUACUCGUCUGUUUUAUUUUGUGCCAGUAUUUUUUGAAUCUUUUUAAAUGUUAGAUUAUUGUUACUGUGCUAUCAGAAUUAAUGAUAUUUUGCAUACUUGUGUUUUCUCAUCUCAGUUUUUAUACGAGACAAAGACAUGUUUUAUUCGUUCUUUAUUUGUUGGUAGACAGUUCUGAUAGAAUUUGUUUAAUGUUAUAAAGGCGUGAAAUUGUUAUCGCCUGAUAUUGAUAAUGUGAUUAUUUUGUGAUCAUUAUUUUACCUGUAUAAGCUCCCACCUAUUUGAUAUUAUGAUUCUUCAUUAAAAAAAUAAGAAAAAUAAUGCUUUUUAUUGUUGUAAUCAUUUGACAUCAUUGCAGGCGAAAGUCUCUUUCUAAGAUUUAGACUGCUGUCCGUGUCGUUGGAGACAUUAAAGAAUCGAAGUCGUAUUGCAUCCUCUAUAAAGGGGCUUAAAUAUUAGCAAGAAGGUUUAAGUUAAAACAAGUAAAUAAUUUGUUUUCUUUAUUUCACACAUCACCAUUGUACUUAAAUUACAAAAUCAUUGCACACCAUGCCAUCUCAUAUUCCAAGGAUAUUCAAAUUUAUUUACAGCCUGAUAAGCAUCAACAUAUAAGAAAAUAAAUAUAGAAUAUAAUUUUGUGAUUCCAAUUCGCUUAUGAAUAUUUUAUUUAUAAAAAUGCUUUUGAAUCUCACACAUAGAGGAAUAAACCGUUUGUGACUAGUACGUGAAGAAGUAAAUAUACAUAUUUAUAUUUUUAAUGAUAUGCCGAAAGUAAUUCAAAUGCUUAAUUUUGUUUUAUGACGAAACACAUUUAACUAUUUUUUAUCUGUAUCUUUACAAAUUUAACAUAACAGCAAGAGUGAAGGACGUAUUAUUUAGAAUCUCGUGUUGCUUUCUAAAACUAUUUUAAGAUACGUAUCUACACAUUAAGUAAUGAAAUUAUUGAAUAUUUCGUCCUAAUAUUAAGACUUUGUACACGAGGCAUGGCAAAUCUCAUUUUAUUUUCUUUUAAAAGCGAGUUCCGUAUUAAUGAAUUCAUAUUAUCUAUCGCAAGGAGUUUCACAGAUAUUCAAGUCACAUGCACAAAGAUACCCAGGUUCGGAACAUGCAUUCGUGGAUCACACAAAUGCUUGUCUUAGGGAUUCGAACCCGCGUCACGUCGCGCACAGUGGAUUUGGCGUGUUGACCUCAACCACUGGGCUCUCCGUGCAAUCUAUAACGUUAUCACACGAUGCGUGUAGAACGCUAACUUGGAGACAAGGCUUGUAUUACCACGUGUACAUUAGUCUUCAGUACCAAUAAACAAUUACGUAUAUUGAUAAUAAUAUUAAAUUCUCAAUUUGCCACUGCUUAAGCUUAUAUUGAAAAUAAUUGAAAAAAAAAAAUGCACUCUAAAAAUA